AAACCAGGCAGACUUUGAGAGCGAAAUUAAAAAAAACAACACAGUGACGGCAGGUGAGCGAACUGUGCAGGGAGUUCGGUGUGGUUAAAAAAAAAAAAAGGUGUAAAAGGGGCUAUCGUCAGGAAAGUAGCCUCAUUUGAGAAACUCAUGGAGGCUCCGGUAAACUCCCCUGCGAUAAUGGGGUUACUGAAAACCUUCGACUCUUCUGAGUUUACGAGCUGGGAAAAGAUUGGCUCCGGUGGGUUUGGACAUGUAUACAAAGUACGACAUGAACAGUGGAAAACAUGGCUGGCAAUCAAGUGUCCUCCCAGUCUUUGUAUGGACGAAAAGGAGCGCGCAGAGCUCCUGGAGGAGGCCAAAAAGAUGGAGGCGGCGAAGUUCCAGCGCAUCCUGCCGGUGUAUGGGAUCUGCAGGGACCCGCAGGGCCUGGUGAUGGAGUACAUGGAGACGGGCUCGCUGGAGGCCCUGCUGGCCUCCGUGGCGUUGCCGUGGGAGCUGCGCUUCCGCAUGGUCCACGAGACAGCCGUGGGCAUGAACUUCCUGCACUGCAUGAGCCCGCCGCUGCUGCAUCUGGACCUGAAGCCUGCCAACAUCCUGCUGGACGCACACCACCACGUCAAGAUCUCAGACUUUGGCCUGGCGAGGUGGAAUGGCCUCUCCCGGGACGAAGACAUCAGCUGCGACGGGUUCGGCGGCACCAUCGCGUACCUCCCGCCGGAGAGACUCAUCGAGAAGAACCGGGUCUCCGACACCAAGCACGACGUGUACAGCUUUGCUGUUGUCGUGUGGGGAAUACUGACCCAGAAGAAGCCAUAUCAAGGAGACAACAACAUCCUGCACGUGAUGCUGAAGGUGGUGAAGGGGGCGCGGCCGGAUAUGUCCGCUGUGCCACGCUCCCGCCCGCCGGCCUGCGACAGCCUCCUGUCCCUGGCGCAGCGAUGCUGGCAGACCUCCCCGGACGCCCGGCCCAGCUUCCUGGAGAUCACCUCAGAGACCGAGGAGCUUUGUGGCAAACCAUCGGAGGAUUCCAACCGCCCAACGGCUGACCCGGAGCCAAGCCCAGAGCAGCAGGAGGUUAAGACGCAGGUCGAGAAGCCAAAUCCAGUGCUGGUUCCAGAAAAAGACCUGAGUCUGAGCGAGCUGCUGACCCAGGUGGAUUCUGGGAUUUCCCAAAGCUUCGACUGCGUCCUAGACAAGGAAAACGCGGAUCGGAGGCUGUCGGGAGUGUCCAGGAGUGACCAUUCCUUCUCCUCCCAGGGCUCCCUCAACCUUUCCUUCGAAAAGGAACUCGCUGCCACUGACUCAGGGCUGCUGGAUGCGCAGCAGAGGAAGCUGUGUGAGGCGAUCCGGAUGCAGGACAUGGCCAAGCUGAUGAAGAUCCUGCAACCGCAGGACGUGGACCUGGUCCUGGAGGACGGGCGUAGCUUGCUGCACUACGCCGUUCAGGUGGCGAACGAGGAGGCGGUCAAGUUCCUGCUCCUCAACAACGCCAACCCCAACCUGGCCGACCCCGCGGGCUCCACGGCGCUGCACCUGGCGGCCGAGAAGAAGCUGAGGAACAUCUCCGAGGUCCUGCUCUCCCGCAAGGCCACCAACCCCAACGCCAAGGACGAAGACCUCUACACGCCGCUCCACUUCGCCGCCCUCAACGGCGACGAGGACGUGGCCCGCCUGCUCCUGGAGAAGAGCGCCUCGCUCAACGAGCCGGACCUGGAGGGCCGCACGCCCGCCCACGUGGCCUGCCAGCACGGCCAGGAGAGCGUGGUGCGGGUGCUGCUGAGCCGCGGGGCGGACACCCGCGUGCCGGGGAAGAACGGCUGGACGGCGCUCCACUACGCCGCCUGGCAGGGCCACCUGCCCAUCGUCAAGCUGCUGGCCAAGCUGCCGGGGGCCAGGGUGGACGAGACGACCUCGGACGGGCGUAGCGCCCUGCACCUGGCCUCCCACAGGGGGCGCUACAGGGUGGCACGCAUCCUGGUGGGGCUGGGGGCCGACGUCCUCCUGGCAGACCGUGACGGGCGCUCGCCGCUACACGUGGCGGCCGAGAUGGGCCACACCAGCACCGCCAGGCUGCUGGUCAAACACCACGCCCCGGUGCAGGCCCAGACCGGCCAGGGAUGGACCCCUCUGCACCUGGCCGCCCGGCACGGUCACCUGCCCACGGUCAAGAUGCUGCUCGGGGAGGGGGCGGAUCCGCUGGCGGUCGACCUGGACCAGCACACCGCCCGCCAUCUCGCCGCAGAGGAAGGACACUCAAACGUCGUCGAAGAGCUUCAGCGGAACCUUCCGGAGAGCCCUAUCGUGCCCGAAGAGCCGGGUCGGGCCCCUUCGCUUCUCGCGUCUCAGGGAGGUGACACGGACACGGCCACGGCCGGCGCGCUGCCUUCCCACAGGGCACAGACGCCCCUGCUCUGUCAGAACUCAGACUCCCAGAAUGCACUGUGGCAGACGGAGGAGGACAGCGGCCGGCCCGCCGCGGUGACGGAUCUCCAGCCGGUGCUGGCGGCCCUGAAACGCACGGAGAGCGAGAGGCCUGCCCGCCAGGACCCGGCCCGGCCCCUCUGUGCCCCAGCCUCCUGUUAAACCCCCGCUGAGGCCGUGAACGGGAUCUCAUUUAAAUCAGGAGACGCUGUUUGACAUUUAUUGCACCAGAAAGCUAUUAUAUUGUUUGAAAAGUACCACUGACAGUCCAUAUUGUAUUUGAAGGAGUGCGUGUGCAAUCGCAAGUUACUUGCUUUGCCGUUUGCCAUAUCGUGGCAGUGAUGGACAAGCUGAUCUGACAAUAAUGACAUUUGAUUAAUUUUUUUUAUUAAAAAGCUAUUUUUGAGAAUGGGAAAAUGUUUUAAAAAUGUGUUGUAGCCCCUUCUUUGAUUUAAUCACAGAAACAUUUGUAUACUCUCUUCCAUACAGUUUGCAUAUUUCGACACAAAUGUGUUUCUAAGUGGAGCAGAUUGCAGACACUGAAGUAUACUCAGCACAGCAUCGAAAAGGUGCUGCAAGCUAAUUACUGUGUCUGUCGUGGUGAAACGGUUCAUGUUGAGUCUCCCUCCACAAGGCCAAAUCCCUGUCUUCUGCCUCAGGUGAAACAAUUAUAAGGCGUACUUUGAACACAUUCCAGGACAUUUGGCAUGAAUGCAUUUGCUCAACCUAAUGGAAUGAAAACAAAUGGGUCUGUGUUGGGAAACUGCAAUGUGCCAAUACACUUUUGUUGAUGCUACGCCCCUAUGUGCACAAUGUUGAUUUCAACCUAGAGCUUAGUGUAGACUUCACUGAUUACUGAUUACACGUAUAAAAACCGAGUUUGUUUGGAUGGUUCAAAUUAAUCAGUCACAAAAUAUGGUUUGUCAUUGCUGGAGUGUCCAGAGGAAUGCAGACAGUUAUGAUGUCAGCAUCGUAUUAAGAUUGUGCACUGGAAGAAUGUCACGUAGGAAACAUUUUUGGAAUAUUGGAGCAGAGAUGCUUUUACAAUUAAUAUUGAACAUCCUGUUUUAAAUUUUAAUAACAUUUUUGUUAUUUAUUUUUCAAUGUAAUACUGAACUAUUCACAGAGCCCAGCCACUGUAGCUUUACUGCUUCUGCGUUAUUAGAGAGUGCUUUCUGUCACCCAGUGAGCCAUUGUUAUGCUCUUAAUGGGGGAGCUUUCUCUUUUCUUUUCUUGCCCUGACUCCAAAGCACUGAGUAUAUGGCUACUCCAGCCUGAUUUACUACAUGGGAUUGUUUGCAGAGACCGCUUAAAUCAGCCGUUUAGUUCUGUGUAAUCCGACGCUAUACAUCAGGAACACUGUUUCCAAGCAAGUGCCCAAAGCCGCAGCAAUUUUCUUGCCACCCAUUGUAAUAUAGUAGUGUUUAUACGGUUUUUAUGGUUUUCAUCCAUAACCAAUACUACUUAUGUACGUACUGGCUAAGUAAAGAACAUUUUACUUUAA